GCAGGGAACGCCCUCAGCAGCCGUUUGAUCCUGUCCACGCUUGCCCACACCACAGUUCCUCUGCCAUACACCAACUCCCAGGUCUUAAACCGCGUCUCCACUCAGAGCCCGCCCUCCUCCCUGCAAGCAGGCCUGGCAGGAGCCUUCCGGUUCUCAGAACUCGUCUCCAGGCAACGGCAGACGCGCGGGGAAGCCUCGGAAGCCUCAGAAGCCUCGCGGCCUUGUGGCGCGCUCUCAGCGGGGCCUUGCUGGAGCAGGCUGCCUGGGUGAGCCUCGGGCAUGGCCUCCAAACCAGCGAAAAGGAAGGAAGUGCAUCGGAUCAACUCUGCCCACGGAUCAGAUAAAUCUAAAGAUCUUUACCCUUUUGGCAGCAAUGUGCCUCCUGGUUCUGUUGAACAGAAGAAGGGAAAGUUCCCGAUCUGGCCAGAGUGGAGUGAGGCGGACAUAAAUGCCGAGAAGUGGGAUACAGGCAAAGGAGGAAAAGAGAAGGACAAGACCGCCAAGAGCCCCCUCUUUCACUUUUUUGAAGACCCUGAAGGAAAGAUUGAAUUACCACCAUCAUUGAAAGUCUUUACCUGGAAACGUCCACAAGAUUUUAUAUUUAGCAGACCUCCUGUAGUUGUGAAAAACGAAAUCACGUUUGACUUGUUUUCACCAAAUGAACAUUUACUCUGCAGUGAGCUUAUGAGGUGGAUUAUCAGUGAAAUCUACGCUGUGUGGAAGAUAUUCAAUGGAGGGAUUCUGAACAAUUACUAUAAAGGAAAUUCGGGAGAGCUUCCUAGUCUGCUCUGGAAGCCCUGGGAACACAUAUAUUCUCUCUGCAAGGCUGUGAAGGGCCACAUGCCUUUGUUUAACGUAUAUGGGAAGUAUGUUGUGAAGCUUUACUGGAUGGGUUGCUGGAGGAAGAUAACUAUUGAUGACUUUUUUCCCUUUGAUGAGGAUAACAAUCUGUUGCUUCCAUCUACAACCUAUACGUUUGAACUCUGGCCAAUGCUACUGUCUAAAGCUAUCAUUAAGCUGGCAAAUGUUGACAUCCAUAUGUCACAGAGGCGAGAGCUGGGAGAAUUCACCAUUAUCCAUGCACUUACUGGGUGGUUACCUGAAGUCAUUCCUCUUCAUCCAGGGUAUGUGGACAGAGUUUGGGAGCUGUUGAAGGAAAUAUUGCCGGAGUUUAAGCUCACAGAAGAUCCAAGUUCUGAAAGCAAAAUGGCAGUGGUAGACAACAAACUGAAGGAACCUGGGAAAGAGAUAAAGGAUGGCAAGGAAGUGAAAGACGGAAAGGAAGUGAAAGACGUGAAGGAUUUCAAACCGGAAGCUUCCCUUACAACCCUGAAGCCUCCAGACAAGACAGACAAAACUGCAAAGGAGAAAGCAGAUGCAAAAGACCUUGGGAAGAAGAGGAAUAAGGAUGGAGAGAAGGAGAAGGAAAAAUUCAAAUUUUCACUCCAUGGUUCGAGACCCUCAUCUGAUGUUCAGUACUCUAUGCAGUCCUUGUCAGAUUGUUCUUCAGCAAUACAGUCCCCUCAUAUGGUUGUAUAUGCUACCUUUACACCACUCUAUUUGUUUGAAAACAAGAUCUUUACAUUGGAGAAGAUGGCGAAUUCUGCAGAGAAACUUAGGGAAUACGGGCUUUCCCACACCUGUAGCCACCCUGUGCUGGUGACCAGAAGUAGGUCUUGUCCCCUUGUGGCACCCCCCAAACCUCCUCCCUUACCUCCCUGGAAACUCAUUCGCCACAAAAAAGAAACGGUCAUAACAGAUGAAGCUCAAGAUGCUGUACCAAAGAAGCCCGAGCAGUUCCUUGAGAUUUCAAGUCCAUUUUUGAAUUAUAGAAUGACUCCAUUUACGAUUCCAGCAGAAACGCAUUUCGUACAAUCUGUUGUUAAGAAAGGGACACCUCUGGGAUCCGGCCUUCCUCCCCUCGUGGAAAAUGAGUUAAGUGCAAGCACCAGCCAAGGCGAGAUGAGCACAGUAACAGGAAACCAGUCUCAGGUUAAUGUUACAUUGCAAACUAUUCCUGCAAGAGAUGAGCAGACAGAGCUGAUACUGGGGGACACCCACCCACCUGAGGGGUUAGAAAGAGAUUUGAUUAGCCUGACCACAGCGACACAGGACAAGUCACAGGAGGACUUGGGAACAAUAAGUGAAGGUGCUUCCAAAGAAAUGUGGUUAGAUUUUGAAGACUUUUGUGUGUGCUUUCACCACAUAUAUGUUUUCCACAAACCAAGUUCUUAUUGUCAUAAUUUUCAAAAAUCAGAAUUCAAGUUCUCAGAGGAACGGGUGCCCUACUAUCUGUUUGUGGACAGCCUGAAGCCUAUUGAACUACUGGUUUGCUUUUCGGCUUUGGUGCGCUGGGGGGAAUCUGGAGCCUUGACAAAAGACAGUCCUCCCGUGGAACCCGGCCUCCUGACAGCCGAAGCAAUCACCUGGAAGUCUCUGAAGCCUCUCAGUGCAGUGUUGAGGAUCCACACCUAUGCCACGAAGGCCGCCAUGGUGCGCCUGCCUGUCGGGAGGCAUAUGCUACUCUUCAAUGCAUAUUCUCCAGUGGGACAUGCCAUACAUGUCUGCAGCAUGGUGGCAUUUGUCAUCGGGGAUGAAGAUGUUGUACUGCCCAACUUUGAGCCGGAGAGCUACCGAUUUACAGAACAGUCUCUAAUAAUUAUGAAAGCUAUUGGAAAUGUGAUUGCUAGUUUCAAAGACAAAGGUAAAUUGCCUGCAGCUCUGAGGGAUCUUCAAGCAGCUCACUACCCUGUCCCCCUCUACAACAAAGAACUCACUGCUCAACACUUCCGGAUAUUCCACAUAUCAUUGUGGCGUUUAAUGAAAAAAUCUCAAAUAUCCAAGCCCCCUGUAAACUUCAAAUUUGCAUUUCGGGCUCUGGUUUUAGACACGGACAUACUGGAUGCCAUCCUAGAUGAUUCUUCUUUAGCGGAAUGGGUAGACCUUAAAUAUUGUAUGCCAAUAAAUGAGAAGGAGUAUUCUCCCGAGGAAAUAGCUGCUGCAGUGAAAAUUCAAUCAAUGUGGAAAGGGACUUAUGUCAGACUGCUCAUGAAGGCCAGAAUGCCAGAAACAAAGGAAAAUACCAGCGUUGCAGAUACACUUCAAAAAAUUUGGUCGAUAUUAGAGAUGAAUAUGGAGCAGUAUGCACUUUCUCUCCUAAGACUAAUGUUUAAAAGCAAGUGUAGGUCUAUGGAGUCUUACCCAUGCUAUCAAGAUGAAGAAACAAAGGUUGCCUUUGCUGACUACACGGUGAACUAUGCAGACCAGCCACCAAAUUCUUGGUUUAUAGUAUUCAGAGAAACAUUUUUGGUUCCUCAAGAUAUGAUCUUAGUCCCCAAAGUAUAUACUACACUCCCGAUCUGUAUUCUGCAUGUUGUUAACAAUGACACAAUGGAGCAAGUGCCGAAGGUGUUUCAGAAAGUGGUGCCUUACCUUUACUCCAAGAACAAGAAAGGCUACACAUUUGUGGCUGAAGCAUAUACUGGGGACAACUACGUGUCAGGCGCACGGUGGAAACUGAGGCUCAUUGGCUCUUACAACCCGCUUCCAUUUCUUUCCCGAGAUGCUCCAUGCAACACCUUCACCAUAAAGGAAAUCAGAGACUACUACAUUCCUAAUGACAAGAAAAUCAUGUUCAGGUACUCCAUCAAAGUGACCUUGGCACAGUGCAUCACCAUACAGGUCCGCACAUCCAAGCCUGACGCCUUCAUCAAGCUGCAGGUGCUGGAAAGUGAGGAGAUCAUGGUGAGCGCCACAGGCAAAGGGCAGGCCAUCAUCCCUGCCUUCUACUUCCUGGGGAGUGAAAGAGCACUGAGCUCCCAGUCUAGCAAGCAAAUCCUCUUAUCUCAUACUUCACCUAAGAAAGAACCAGAAGUGAUGACUAAGAAAAAAACUGGCCCAACGAGUCAGAAGUCCUUCAAGGGCAGACCUGGAAUGGCGGCAGCAGAAUCAGGUGUGCCUCUGCUGGAAGAAGAAGUUAUGAAUGUACCCGUUGUAGAAGAAAAUUGUAGCACACCACAACAGACAAAUCUAAAAAUAAAAAGAAGACUGAAUCAAGUAGCUGUGGCCUUAACUAACAUGGAGACACCCACCUGCCCAACUAAGAAGAAAUUCGAAAAGCUAUUAGAACGGUGUAGAGAGCAGUGCUACAAGUAUAUCAUACAGUGCUUGGUGUUGUUUAACAGCUGGCCUCUGACUGAAACUCAGCUGACAUUUGUUCAAGCACUAAAAGACUUAGAGAAAAGUGAUAUUAAAGCACUCAGGAGGCAGAGACAAGCGGAUCUCGAGAAGCAUGAAGAACUAAUUACCAUAGGAAGCCCAGAUUCCCAUGCUGUCAGUGAAGGGCAAAAAUCUGUAGGAACUUCCAAAACAACAAGGAAAGGCAAAGAGAAGUCUGGGGAGAAAGAGAAGUUGGCCAAGGAAAAGCAAGCUCCUCGCUUUGAACCUCAGCCAAUACCCACUGUUCACUCUCAGCAAGAAGAUCCAAACAAACCCUACUGGGUUUUGAGGCUGGUAUCUGAACACAGCGACUCAGACUAUGUUGACGUGAAAAAAGACACAGACCGAUCAGAUGAAAUACGAGCCAUGAAGCAAGCUUGGGAGACAACUGAGCCGGGGAGGGCUAUCAAGGCUUCACAGGCCCGUCUGAAGUACCUCAACCAGUUCAUUAAGAAGCCAAUUGACAUCCCUGUCCAAGAGACUUUUUCUUCAACCCAGAGCCAAAUUAAACCCUCAGAAGAAGGAGAAGUAGCAGGGAGAGAUGCUGCAGGGAGAGAUGCUGCAGGGAGAGAUGCUGCAGGGCGAGAUUCUACAGGCAGAGAUUCUACAGGCAGAGAUUCUACAAGCAGAGAUUCUACGGGGAAAGAGGCAGACGUCAAAGAAGUGCCAUCAGCCGCAGCGGGAAAUAUCCUGUGGAAGAAAUGGCAGAUGACCAAGGGCAUCAGGGAUCUGGCAAAAUCCACAAGCAGCGAGAGCAAAAUAUCUGUGGCGGGGAAGGAAGAAAAAGAGCCACCACCGCCCCCGCCGCCCCCGCCCCCGCCGCCGCCGCCGCCGCCACUGCCGAGUGUGCAGCUGAGUAUGCUAAAGGAGAAUGCUGCAUUAUCCCGUUCACGAUCUCAGACAGUUUUGGAAAUGUCUCCACGACUCAUUCGAAAAGCACUAGAAUUUGUGGACUUCAGUCAUUAUGUACGGAAAACAAGUGACGAGCCUGUGCUGCAAACAGAGGAACUGAAUAAGCAGCAAGCGAUGCAGAAGGCGGAAGAAAUCCACCAGUUCCGGCAGCACAGGUGCCGGAUCCUUAGCAUCAGAGACAUCGAUCAGGAAGAGCGAUUUAAGCUCAAGGAUGAGGUUCUAGACACGUAUGGGAAAAUGCGGGACUCUGUAGAUGAAUCCCGACAGAAGAUCCUUGAAGUCCGGGAAGAAUACAGAAGCAAGCUGCUGGAGGCGGAGCGCCUAAGGCUGGAAGCUUUGGCAGCUCAGGAGGCUGCAAUGAAGGCAGAGACAGAGAAAAAGUCUCCAGUUUCUGACUCACAGAAGAAGAAGAAAGGAAAGAAAAAAUGACUGAGAGGCCCCAUGGCACCUUCUUCUGUAGAGGGAAAGUGUUGGAGGCACUGUUAUUUUGCCUUUUGAUAAAAUAUUAGACGAGAGAAGAUGUUCCCCACUCAUGGUUUCUACAUUUUAAUGUUAAUGUGUUGGUUUUCUUAGAAAAGAAUUGAAGGUAUUAGUGUCUCAGAUGUUCUAAUUUCACUAAAAUUGCUAAAAAUAAAGUUUA